UGUGCUGAAGGAGUCUGCGUGCUGUCUUGGCGGGUUGAGGCUGCCAGGGCAAGUGAUGGCCCUUGCCUGGCCUGGCGCCGGCGUGUGAAGCAUGCGCCCAUGCUGCAGCGCAUCAGAGGCUGUCCGCGACGUCCAGGCCGCCCUGACUCCUCCACCACGACGCGUCUCGCGUGCCACCCCUGCACCACCGGCAGCUCACGCGUCACACACUCGGGCAGCAGGCGCGGUAAAGGGAUGGAAUGCGGGCAAGUGUUGUACAGAGUCGUGGGACAGCAGCUGAGCAGAGAACGCGUGUGGGUGGAAGACAGUGUGACGCUCGCAUGGAUGCGCGAGCGACGCGAGAACCGGGGUGUGGGUGAGGCUAGAGUAGCAAGUGCGUGAAGAGUAGAGGCAGAGCGAGAAGCGGGGGCACAUGGGUGGCGCCAGACGCUUUACUUGCUGCUGCUGAACUUCGUCACCGACUUGGUGCCCUCGGAGAUGGCGUGCUUGCUCAGCUCGCCGGGGAGGAUGAGGCGCACGGCAGUCUGGAUCUCGCGCGACGAGAUCGUCGACUU